UCUAGGCUGCCCAAUGGCAGCUCCCAGCAUUCCGAUAGCCACGCCCCGGAGCUACGCGCUUUGAUUUACAGGCCCUGCCCUGUUUCUUCUUUUGCCCCUCCCCUUCCUGUUAAAGCCCAGAAGGAUCUAGAAAACACUUCAGACUCUCUUGAGAAGAUGGACGAGCUAAAGGAUGAGGCUUUGUGUAACAGGGACAACCCUUCUCUGCCGUUACCUGAGACUGAGGCAUUGCCUGCUUCAGCCACACCAACCCUACCACCCUGGCUCCUGAGCACCCUAGACCCAGCCCACCUAGGGCUCCCAGAGCACCUGGCCUCUGUCACUGUCCCCAUCCGCCUGGACACUCUAUCCUACCUCCUACACAGUGCUCUACUGGGGACCUACAACCUCCAGCAGUCCUUACCCCCCUGCUCCUGCUCGGCCCAGUCAUGCCAAAGCGGGCCAAACACAGUCAGGAGGCCACCCAGGAGAUCAGGCCAGGCCCGUGGGGGCUGGGAGGUUCAGCACAGGCCUUCCCGGGGCUGGGGCAGAGGCCGAGGGCAGUCACGAUGGGGCCCACGGAGAGCUGAAGACCGGGAAAGGAGCAUGGCUGGGGGCCCUGAGGCCAGCCUCAAGACCCCGCUGCUGACACCGCCAUCUCAAGAUGGGAAGAAGGAAGCUGCAGGCCUGGAGCAACCCUUGCCCCCAGCACCAGUUUCUGAAGACUGGGAGACAGACUACUAAGAACCCUGAAGAUCAUCCAGCACUCAGUCACCCAGGGGCGUUCCCAGAGCCCAGAGUUCUUAAUCCUUCAGA